AUGAUCCGGCCUUUUCUUUACAUUACUCUCUUACUUGUAUUCAUCAGUCAAGCAGCAGCAGUCCUUCCGUACUGGCUACAGCCCGACUUUGUGCGUCAAUACGAAUCGUCACCUUACCAAACAGACUUGAUCGAGGAUUGCAGUGAUGAAUCAUAUAUUUUGGAGAUCAAAGAUAUAACUUUGACACCGCCGCAUCCCGUUCCUGGCGAAGAGCUCAAGAUCGAAGCCGUUGGUUUGCUCAAGGAACCAGUGAGGUCCGAUGCACGGGCAAACGUCCUCGUCAAACUUGGUGUAGUCACUCUGCUUCACAAGGACUUUGAUAUCUGCGAUGAGCUCGACAAAAAUGAUACCGAACUAAAGUGUCCCAUCGAGGCUGGUUUAAUCAAGGUUACGCAAAAGGUCACGUUGCCCAAAGAAAUACCAAAGGCUCAUUUCAAGGUCCGUGUUCGUGCUUACAACUGGGACGAUGAAGACUUGGCUUGCUUGAACGUAGAUGUUGAUUUCCGUCGCCAUCGACGUGAUUUUAACAAGCACAGACUUAUCGGAUACUAG